AUGCCAGCACGUCGCCACAUCCAAACGCGGGUAUCAGCCAACAGCACCAGCACCAGCGCCGAUGAGUCCUUGCGGGGGCCCGUUCGUGUUCUCGCCGCCUCCCUCAACCACAUACUGGAGCGCUACUGGGCGGCCAACCCCACGGCGUCGCGCGUCAUCGACUCCCUGUACUCGGGCCCCGGCGGCUUCGGUGCGUCGCAGCUGUUCCACGACCACCUGGCCUUCAGGACGUUCGGGGUCGCCGGCAUGGGGAUCGGGAGCCUGGGCGACCUCCUCGAAUCCUUCGGCUACAGCCGCCGCGACGACAGCAAAUUUCCCAAAAAGAAGCUGGUGGCCACCUGGUACGCUCCGCCGCCGCUGGCCCCAGGCGGCCCGCCUGCGUACGACCUCCUGCCCCGCAUUUUUGUGAGCCAGCUCGAGGUUGGCCAGCUGUCGCCCGCCGCAGAGGCGAUCAUCCGCCGCUGCACCUCUGGCAUUGGCGCCCUCAGCCCCGCGGCGGUGCUGGGGGCCGCCAUGACGGGGGAGCUGCCCUGGGGGCUGCCGGAUGAGGCGGACUACUGCGCUCUGCUGGAGGAGAGCGAGUACGCGGCAUGGGUCCUGGUCAACGGCUACUCCCUCAACCACACCGCCCUGUCAACGCACCGCAUCACGCCGCCCCUGGCCGGCGGCCUGGACGCCUUCAACGCCGCCCUGGUGGCGCGCGGCUUCGCCCUCAACGAGGAGGGCGGCGCGGUCAAGGCGUCGCCCGACGGCCUGCUGCUGCAGUCGUCCACUGUGGCGGACGUGGGGGAGGCGGCGUUCAGGGGGGGUGGCAAGCCCCGCCGCGUGGUGCGCUCUUACCUGGAGUUUGUGGAGCGGAAGCCGCUGCCCCAGUAUUCCCAGCUGGCGCCCGGGGAGCUCCAGGAGGCGCACCGCCGCGACGGCUUCGAGGCGGCGAGCGCAGACAACAUAUUCGCGUCCACGACGCUGGCUGCGCGCGGCGUGUAG